CAGGCGGCUACGUGCUGCGUCAUUGCGCUCUACACUUGCAGCCGGGACGCCGCUAUCUCGCGAGAUGAGACUGGUGACGUGAGGACUGGAGGGCCGGCAGGAGCCGUACUGUGGGGCAUUUAAACAGCGGAUCCGGGGCUGCGAGUUCUUUAAAGAAAACGGGGACUGUCCCGCCAAAAGCGGGAGUUGUUGGGCGGUGUGUAUUUGAGUUGUGUGAAGUAUGUCUGGAAUAAAGCGAUCGUCCGAAGAUAAAGAUCCUGACUAUGAAGACAUUUCCGUUGUGCAUCAGAAUAAGCGGCAUAAGGCUGCUGAAACUACUGCUCGGGAUGCUACCAUCUUGAAGAUAGAAUCCAUUAUUAAAGAACAGUUCGUUACAGAGCUAAAGAAUAAAGAACAUGAGGUUGAAGUUAUCGACCAGAGACUGAAUGAGGCCAGGCGAAUGAUGGAUAAACUACGAGCAUGUAUAGUGGCUAAUUACUAUGCUUCUGCAGCACUUAACAAAAACCAGGAGGGACCCUCAAGUUAUGAUGCAACUGUUUUAAACCAUCCUUCUAUUAAGAAGUUUUUGGAAUCCCCAUCUCGAGCAUCAUCACCUGCAAAUCAGCGCUCAGAAACUCCAUCCGUGGCCAAUUCAGAAACAGAUUCUGUUUAUACCCAUAAUGAGGAUAAAGAUGGCAGCCUUGAUGCAAAAGGGCCAGCAGCAAACAAGGCACUUCGACCCGAAGGGAAUACCGUCAAGGAUCCAUCUAUAAAUGAAAACACAGAACGGCAGGUUUCAAGAACUGAAGACGGCCCUCGGCGAUUUGUGAAAAAGACCAUUGUGGUUGGCAAUGUUUCAAAGUAUAUUCCACCUGAUAAGAGAGAAGAAAAUGACCAGUCAACCCAUAAAUGGAUGGUAUAUGUAAGAGGCUCUAGAAAAGAACCAAGCAUUGAUCAUUUUGUAAAGAAGGUCUGGUUCUUUCUGCACCCAAGCUACAAACCAAAUGACCUUGUGGAAGUCAGUGAGCCUCCAUUCCACUUAACCCGAAGAGGCUGGGGAGAAUUCCCUGUAAGGGUGCAGAUUCAUUUCAAGGACAGCCAGAACAAGAGGAUCGAUAUAAUCCAUAACUUAAAGUUGGAUCGAACGUACACCGGUCUGCAGACUCUGGGUGCCGAAACGGUUGUGGAAGUAGAAAUCUACAGGCAUUCUUUAGGCGAAGAUUUCCUGGGCUCCCAGUCAUCUAAUGAAUGCGCCCAAUCAGAGGCAUCCUUACUAUCUCAUGUAAAAUCCUCCUCCCCUCACAAAGUAGCACAUGAAUCAGCAGAUAAAGAGCCUUCAUAUUAUCCUCAGCCAUCAUCACUUGAGCGCACCCCGACCAAAGUGGCACAGAGAUUGUCCUUUGGGAUUCCUGGCAGUACUGCUUUCCAGCCCAUCACUGCCAGCUGUAAGAUUGUCCCACAGGGUCAGGCUGCCUCCUUAGCAGAGUCUCCUGGGAAGUCAUUCCAGCCAAUAACCAUGAGCUGCAAGAUUGUCUCAGGUACAGGAAGCCCCACAAGCAAACACUCCAGUACGUCUCAAGGUGCUUCUGGGACAAAGUCUCCUGUCCCAAAGCUCCAUGGAACAAGUUUCACACCACAGAAUAUCAAGCAGGAGGAUUCUAUGUUUGCUGCCAUGCCUCCUCUGUGUCCUAUUGGUAGUCAACCAAAGGCACAGAGCCCAAAGACGGUCACAGGAGGACUUGGAGCUUUUACAAAGGUGAUUAUAAAACAAGAGCCCACUGAACCAACACAGCAACUGCAAGAAGCCCCUUCCACGUCUCAGCCUCCACUUCAGCAGAUUGUGACUGUGAAAGGCAAUCACAUGGUUGCAGUGUCCCCACAGAAGAAUUUGGCCACCUCUGAAGGUUCAAAGGUUGUUGGUAUUCCAGUUGGAACUACAGUCCAGGCAGCCAUUAAACCAUCUGUGACCAUUAGCGGCGGGCAAAUUCUAGUGGCUAAAUCCAGCUCCUCCAUAGCCAAAGCAGUGGGAUCCAAGCAGAUAGUUGCACAAGGUGUGGCUAAAGCCGUUGUAAGCAGUGGAAGUGGGAAUGUGGUAGCUCAAUCUUCACAGAGCGUGUCAAAGGCACAGGUUACAUCUGCUGUAGCUCAGAAGGCUGGAUCCCAAGGAUCAGUGAUGGCAACACUCCAACUCCCAGCUUCUAAUAUUCCAAAUCUGGCCAAUCUACCUCCUGGCACCAAACUGUACCUCACAACGAAUAGCAAGAAUCCAUCAGGAAAAGGAAAACUGCUGCUUAUUCCCCAAGGGGCCAUUCUAAGGGCCGCAAACACUGCUAGUCUGCAGUCUGGAGCAUCCUCAAGUGGUGGAUCCAGUACUGCAAGCACCACCAGUGGGUUACCCCAGCACCUAACGUAUACCUCCUAUAUUCUCAAGCAAACUCCCCAGGGGACAUUUCUAGUUGGUCAGCAAUCCCAGCAGGCAUCUGGAAAGCAGGCUGCUGCAAAUGUGAUAGUUCAGGGGAAUGUGGCCACGUCAGCUCAGGGCCACCAGACCUUGAAAUUAACCACUGGACCGAAAGGCACUUUAGUUGCACAGACCCACAGUGCAUCAGCCGCAGUUGCAAAAAUUUCAGACGGUGCAGUAACAUCGGUACAAUCUCAGACCCAGAAGCCUGGUACCACUUUGCUAAGAGUGGCAGGCGGAGUCAUAACAGCCUCCAGUGCAUCCUUACCCUCUGUUUCCACUAAUGUUUCUACACAACAGGCAGCAGACGUGUCCAGCACAUCCACAACCCAAGUGAGCGCAUCAAACAAGUCUAUAUCCCAGCAGGUUAUGGCUAGGAUUGCUCAUGUCAAGUCACUGGGCACAGUGAAACCUGCCACUUCAGCUGCUGCGGUGUCUUCAACAAGAACAGCACCGACUCUAGCACAAAGCAGUGCUGCUUCAGCAGUAAAAAUGGAACCAGAUAUGACUUCAAAUGCCAGCAGCACAUCAGGGCCAGGUUCCAGCACACCAGUAAAGACUGAAGAGAGUGGAGAAAGUGACCCCAGUUCAGUGAGGGUAGUUGGUCAGGUUGAGUGUGCAAGCCUCAGGGCACGACAUAACUGGACCGAACAUCUGCAGAACUUCAAGCAACUUUUAACUGCAAUUGUGAAGAAGGUCCCUCUUCUAGCUGAGAAAAGCGAAGAUGGUAACGCAUUUUGUGCAACAUCGGUUGAACAGUAUUACAGCUGGAACAUUGGAAAGAGAAGAGCUUCCGAGUGGCAACGAGCAGUUACAAUGAAAAAAAUGCUGCAGGAGAUCAUCGAAAAGCAACCAAAGUUCAGUAAUGUGGCGCCGCUCAAAACCAAACAGAUCGUCCACUGGUGCCGCAUACAUGGAUACACACCGCCUGAUCCUGAGAGCCUGGGCAGUGAUAAGGAAUCCAUUGAAGAUGUGCUGGCUCGUAUAGAUAAUGAGGCGGCUUUACAGACAUCAUUCUCUGCUCCUGACAUUCUCUGCCAAAAAAUGGAGGAACUAGAGAAAACGUUUAAAAAGGAAACAGAAGAGGAUGUAGAUGUGGAUGUGCUGAGUGCCAAUGAAGAACAGAGAUUGCACAUUAAGAAAGAGAGUGAGGCAGAGGAAGAUGCAAAGCUGUACAUGGUAACCAGUCCUGCUUGUGAGUUCAUCAGAGAUAAAGCACAGGAGAUUGGUGUUUCAGUACAACCAGUCGAAGUGCAAGACAAUAUUUAUACAUCUGCUGUCGAAGAAAUGAUUUUAAAGGCUACAGAACAGUUUGUUAGUGACGUCCUUCGGGACGCUUUAGGAGUAGCCUAUCAGAUGACAUCCCACAAUAGAGCGCCACAAGAGAUCACAGUAUCAAAUAUCCACCAAGCCAUCUGUAAUAUUCCUAUGUUUGACUUCCUCACUAACAAACACAUGGCCUCAUCAACUACGGAGGAUGAGCAGUCCUUAAAAUAAGGUGUGAAAGUGGCACAAGGAAAACUACUGACAGAGCCAUCUGUUUGCCACCUAGUGGAUGGAGGAUUCCGAGGCUUGGACAUUCUCACUGAGAAAUGAAAUGCAACGUCUUACAGCUAGAACCUACGCGAAUUGUUUUCUUAUGUAAAUAAUGUCGGUGUAACUGUGUGUGAGAGAACCUGUAACUAUGUAUUUGUUAUGUGUACAUGCAGAUCUGUAUUUAUGUACAUGAGUUUUUGUAUUUCCCUGCAUGCAAUAAUGCAAGGUGCAAGCUAGGCCAAAGUGAAUAAAACACAAAUCCCUCUAGUUAACCUACCA